UAUCGUCAAAGACAUCUCUUUCUUGAAAUCAAUUCCGUCAAAAUACCAUUUGAUCUCGAUUACCGAAAUGCUUUCAAUAUUCAUUGGUUCUUCAGAGACGGAAUGGGAAUGCACGUCUUCGAAAUGCUACCGCUUUGAUGGAAGGACGCUGAAGUGGCAGGACGCUCAUGACUUCUGCCCGACCCUUGGACCGAUAACCACGGUGGCAGGAGAGAGGACACCAACCCUCCUAUUUGCAGGUACAGAAGAAGGGUCCCAGCUCGCCAUACUCAAAGCCCUAUUCAGGAGCGUAUACGUACCUGUUGUAUGGAUCAACUGUAAUGAAAUGGAAACCGAAGGAUUGUAUAUGUGCGACGUGGGUGGUACGGAAGCUGUGCAGAUUAAUUCAACCAGUAAGAAUUGGGAAAGCGGUUACCCAAGCGGCAACGGAAAUGAAAAAUGUGUAUUAAUGACUGAACAAUACAAAUGGCGUGGAAGUGGCUGUAAUCAUGAUCUCCUCUCAAUCUGUCAGAUCGUCUUAUAAAGGACCGUCGGUGUUUUCCAGUCACGAAAAAUAUUUAGGCAAAUAAUGCACUGAUUGCACCAGACUGAAAGAACGAGUACAAGAGACAGGGAAAGACGUGUAAAAUAUAUACAAACAUCAAAUUUGUAUUAAAGAUUUUGCUUUAUCUUUAUUUUCAUUCCUUUUUUUUCUUCUCGAAUUUAUUGGCAUUAUAAUUAUUUUUUAUUUGUUUUAGCAUUUAAGCGUUUUUUCAGUCUAAAUUUACACUCGAAUCCACUGCUCGAAUCUAUUGUGCUUCAAUUUCAUUUUAAAAUGAAAUAUUACGUUAUGCUUUGUUUAUAUCCACCUUAUGAAAUCUGUAUAAUAUAGGUCUUUUUAAUUGUCAUUAAUACAUUCUGAUAUUUCGUUUACAUUAAAGAAGUUACACUUUAUCACAUAUUCAAUAGGCACACUAUAAUUUAAAUGCUCAAGAGUAGAUCAUGUCAAAAUGUAAAUGUAAAAUUAUUUUAUAUUGAUCGAUUCAUACUAUCUUGUAGUUUUACUGAUUUAAAUUUUUUUUAAAUAUACUUUUCAGUUUUAUAUCUGUAACAUCAGAAUUUUUAAAUGAUUAAUUUCUUCCCAGAAAUAUCAUAUUUUCACCAUAUUUCUUAUAAUAUGAAAUUCACUUCCCACAAUAUGUUUUCUUUUGUUGAAAAAGUGCCAAUUAUGCUAAUAUGGCAGUUUUUCAGUCUCAUGAUUUUGUAUUUUCCUUUCUCGAAUAUUGAAUUAUGUGUACACACUCGAAAGUGAGAAUUUUAUUUUCUUCCUGUAUAAUCGUAAAAGCUUCAUAUAUUAUUACCAAACAAACAAAAUAUGCGAUUUAGUUCGUAAUAAAGCUUUAUGUGAUGUAAUAUUAUUUCAAGCUCGAUUAUGUAUUGCAUGGAAAUAGUUAGUUUUAGAUAGAUUUUACACAUAACAAGUUGUGAUUGGUCCACAGCGCGUCACAUAUAUUGAUUGCGAAUAUCGUAAUUGGCAUAUUUCACUUCUGGUCAUUUUAGAUGUUAUAUUGUCCACUUGGUGAUAUGGGUAUGGGUGGUAUUCCGGUAGCGCGUACUAUUAAGUUAGCGCGUACUAAGUUAGUCCACACUUUUAUGGCGUGCCUGUUGCCAAUUCAUUUACCCUGUACAGAAUAUUUUAAAAUCUUUAAUGAAAAGUGUCCACAAAAUUAAUUUU